GUGGGUGAAGCUUCUACAAAUUUGUAAACCUUGUCUUUCGCAAGGUUUCGAACGACUGCGUAUUCUUGGAGUCCAAUCAGCCCCCACACGUCAUUCAGCCCUAUGUUCUUUUGGUGGGUCAAAGACACUACCCCGCGCUUCGCCGUGAAGCUUCGCUGCUGACCGAGCCGAUUAAUCACAACUUCAGACCUUACGCCGUUGGUGGACUUUGCAAAGGCUCCCGGUGCGCGGCCGAAAGGCAUUAGUCAGUACCGAUGGCGACAUGUCUGCAUCGUCAGCAUCACUACCGCAAUCAGCAGAGGUUAUGAACCCGUCGCGCUGAGACGUAGUAUUUGAAAGGAUCAUUCGCCUCAGUCAAGGAAGGAACAAACAGUUCCCCUGAUCGUAGUAGUUCAAUGCAAGGCAAAAAUUGAGUGUAUAAAGAGGAGCACAAACUGUCAUUCUUACACAGCGAAACCAGUCGACUUGCAUUCGACCAUCGACAUGGCGUUCUCAAUGGCACUGGGCUGGAGUGAAGGGGAGGAGAAGAUGCACAAGCUCCUUCAUGUACCUAACCAAGACAACCCGACAGCAACUAUGCUCACACAGCAGGCCUCAUUCAUGCUCCAGCGCGCUCCACUUCUGGCUAUAGGAACUCUUGAUGACCAAUCGCGUCCUUGGACCGCCCUGUGGGGUGGUGCAUCUGGAUUCUCUGAGCCCAUCGGAGGCGGGUUUGUUGGAACACGGACGCUUGUUGACGGCAAGUAUGAUCCGGUUGUUCAGGCACUUGUUGGAGGCACUGAGAAGGGGGAGAUGCUACAACCAAAAGGCAAAGGAAAGAUGAUCGCGGGACUAGCAAUCGACCUUGUGACGAGGAAACGGGUAAAGAUUGCAGGGAGGAUGGCUGCUGGAUCAGUCCAAGAAGUCGACAUGGAGACUGAAGACAACGCAGCGCUACCCGCUGAUGCCCUAGGAGCUCAAGACCAGAUCCAACUCGUCACCAAGAUCGAGCAGAGCAUGGGAAACUGCCCCAAAUACGUCAACCAGUACGAGAUCAAGCCCGCUCUGAUCACACCGAAACUCAUCUCAGAAGGCCCCAGUCUCUCACCCGAUGGCAGAGCGCUCGUCGACAAAGCAGACAUGUUCUUCCUUACCACCGCCGCAUCCAGCGAUAUGGACACCAACCACCGCGGCGGCCCACCAGGCUUCGUCCGCGUCAUCUCGCCAACGUGCAUCAUCUACCCCGAAUACUCGGGCAAUCGUCUCUACCAAUCGCUCGGCAACCUGCAACUCAACCCGCUCAUCGGCAUCACAUUCCCGGACUACGAGACUGGCGAUGUUUUGUACACGACUGGCACGGCCGAGGUACUCGUUGGUGCGGACGCAGCCCAGAUGAUGCCCGGCACAAAUCUCGCGGUCAAAAUCAACCUGACGUCGACACGCUUCGUAGCUUCGGGCCUUGCAUUCAGGGGCGAGCUAAAGCUCAACGGCCAUUCACCAUAUAACCCGCUCCUGCGCAUUCUCGCAUCAGAAGGGAACAUCAAAUCCCUCAUCCCCCCAUCCUCACCUAAAACCGCGCGACUCGUUAAGAGAACGCUUCUCACGCCCACCAUUGCGCGUUUCACCUUUGAAAUUGCUGGCGGCGUGAGUUACAAAGCGGGACAGUGGGUCGCUUUCGAUUUCAAGCAGGACUUGGAUAUUGGAUACUCACACAUGCGCAAUGACGAUCCGCGGAGUCUCAACGACGAUUUCGUGCGGACAUUCACUAUUUCGUCUGCGCCCACGGGUGUUGAGAAGGAGUUCGAUAUCACAAUCCGCAAAGUCGGUCCAGUCACUGAGUACUUGUUCCAGCAAAAUGAGCGCGCGGGCUUCGAAGUGCCCAUCCUCGGUAUCGGGGGCGAGUUCAAGAUCGCACAAAAGGAGGAGGGAGGGGGAGUGACGCCGUUUGUAGCGGGCGGGGUGGGGAUCACUCCUCUUCUCGGACAACUGGCCAACCUUGAUCUCUCGUCUGAGCGCUUCAAGCUGCUGUGGACUGUCAAGGCGACGGAUGUUGGACUUGUGGUGGAUACGCUGAGCAGGUAUCCACAGCUGGCGAAAGGUACGGAAGUGUUUGUUACAGGCAAGGCAAGGGAGAUCGACGAGAAAAAAAUGAAGAAAGUGACGGACUUUGGUGCCAAGGUGGAGUUGAGGAGGCUAGCGAAGGCUGAUCUUGAUGGUGUUGAGGCGGAUAGGUGGUAUCUUUGUGCUGGGAAGCCGUUUAGGAAACAGGUGUUGAGUUGGCUGCCGGGGAGGGAAGUCAUAUUCGAGGAUUUCGAUUACUAGUACCUUCUGAAAUACUUGUAACUUCUCCUGCGCCAUUCUCACGAUGUUUAUUUUGUUGCAGUAUUAGCCGCCCCCUAUUACCCUUGUUUAGACUGUUCUGGACUAGCAUGUUCCAGAGUCAGUAUAUAGUCGUCUUCUCCUUACCAGAUAGCAAUUCAGCGCAGUAUUUCAUCG